UCUAUUACUUUAUAGGCACGAUGUAUCAGCGUGACUCGUGACAUGAACUGAAGUAAGAAGUCUCGCCCCGAACCGGGAUGAGAAGGAUAACAUGAAGAAGUUUAUUAAGAAGUUGGUAGCAGAUGUAAAGUUUGCAGAUGCUGGCACUGGGCAACGUUUAAACGAGGAGAAGACUCCAAAGCCGGGUCCCUCCUCUGCUCCCGUCCCUGCCUCACGCCGACCACCUACUGCUGAUGCGCAAAGUGCUGGUGCUGCUGCACUUGCUAGACUUGAAGCUGCAAGUAAUAAGGGGAACAAACAGAACUCUGCUAUGAGAGCUCAGCAGUUGGAACUCAAGAAGCAAAUGCAGCGUCAAGUAUCAGAAGAACGCACUUCCGCAUCCAUGUCGGCACCUCGAGAACCUGAGGUUAUACCUCAAGUUGGCCUCAAGAUGGUGUGUCCUAUUUGUGGGGUGUCGACUCCUAAACCUCAGAUGUCUGCUCACUUUGAAUCGUGUUUAGAAAAGGAGCUGGAAUUAAAACCUCUGGAGACAACCUGCACCAUGAUUUACACACUAAACAAAGACGAAGAAAAAUUAGCGAUUGGAGUAAAAACCCUGGCAUUCUUUGUUCAAAACGUGGUCAAGGCACCCGAUGAAGAGAAGUAUAAGAAAAUACGUGUUAGUAAUGGUGGCGUACAAAAGAAGAUAAUGCCGCUUGUGGGAGGAGUAGAGUUUCUGGAAAUUGCUGGAUUCACUAGAAUAACUGAUGAUAAUGAUGGCGAAGAGUACUUCAUAAUGCUGGAUACACCAACGAUAGAACAUUUGACUCUGUGCAUAGAGACUCUUCAAAAUUCAAAGAAAGCGAGCCCUACCCUGGAUCGUGAUACGAAGGUUCUCCAAUCGUCCGCGGGUUUGCAGAGAUAUGAGCUGUCUACUGACUUUUAUCGUGUCACCAAAGAAGAUUUGAUGGCUGAACAGAAACGGAGAGCUGAAGAGUCAGAACGUGGGGAUUUAAUGAGAACUAAAGCUAUGAGGGAUAAGGAUGCUGGAGUUGGUAUGAGGAUUUACCACUACUCACUCAUUAGAGUAAGGUUUCCUGACGGCUUAUACCUGCAGGGAACAUUCAGUGCACACGAUACCGUUGAAUCAAUAUUCAAGUUCGUCGAAAGUUCUCUGAGACACCCUAUAUCGUUUACCUUAAUAACUCCUGGCCUUCCCGCUCUAAAGAGAGAUUCCACCCUCCUCAAAGCUGCUGGUCUUGUACCGUCGGGUGUUCUGAAUCUGUCUACCAGUGAUCGAACAGAGUUUACUCUACUGUCUGACGAGCUUGUUUGUAAAUUGUCUGAUCUCUGAAGAUUUGUCUUCUAAACUAUUUCUUUUGAUAGCUGUAGCUGUAGUACCGCGAAGAUGAUGGUGGUUGUGGCGUGGAUUUAUUUUUGAUGGGAUAUGGGAGCUAUAAAAGUUUUAUAUUGUAAAUGGUUUUGUUUAUUUCAGAAUUAACAGAAUAAUUUAGAAAUAUUCUACGGAACUUCUUUCUAUUUUUUGCUUUUGGUGUAUGUACAUUUCUUUCUUGUUGAUUAUUUGUCUAAACUUAAUAUUAUAUUGUUCUAUUUAUAUGAUAUUUCUCUGCUGUACCAUUAUAGAUAUUCUGUAGUCUCACUGCUCAAUUUUAUUAAUCCUGAUAUAAUUUAAGUUUAGCUCAUUUUCUAUUAUCUAAUGAAUUAUUUCAAUAGGAUGGGCCGUAUCGUAAAGCCCGGUAAGGUAGUGCUGGUGCUCAACGGCAGAAAUGCUGGACGAAAAGCAGUCAUCAUAAAGAGUCAAGAGGAAGGAUCUGGCGAGCGACCUUACGGUCAUGCUCUUGUGAUCGGUAUUUCUAGAUACCCCAAGAAAGUUACCAAGAGCAUGGGUAAGAAGAAGCAGAACAAGAGGAGUAAGAUCAAGCCAUUCGUCAAAGUCUACAACUGCAACCACCUCCAGCCUACCAGAUACCAACUUGACCUUUCCGUCGACAAGGAACUUUUCAAUAAGAACUCUAUUAAAGACCCCGCUCAGAAGAGAAAGGCUCUGUCACAAGUGAAAGAAAAGCUCGAGGAGAAGUACAAGACAGCCAAAAGCAGAUGGUUCUUCCAGAAAUUGAGGAUAUAAUUUUAUGAUGUUUUUUAUUUAUCCGAAUCUGUGUUUUAUUGCUUACAAAUGUCCGAAUUUUUUGUAUUGAAAAUUGUAUUAUCUUCAUUCUUCAAUAGCUUACAAACUUGUCUUGCAAAGACGUAAAUUAAUAUUUUGUCUAGGAAAAUGCAGAACGACAAAGGCGAGAUCGUAGAUCUCUACAUCCCCAGGAAGUGUUCCAUCACCAACCGUAUCAUAUCAGCUAAAGACCACGCUUCAGUGCAGAUCAACAUCGGUGAACUCGACGAUAAUGGCACACUGACCGGCAAGAACUUUACUUUUGCCAGCUGUGGGUUCGUCAGAGAGAUGGGUGAGGCAGAUGACUCGUUCAACAAGCUCUGCUCAGACGCAAAGAUCCUCCAGUUUUAGAGUAAAGAUAAUGUAGCCUUGUCCAAUCUCCAUCCCGGACUUGAGAACUGAAUUGAAUCAUAUAUUUUUACCCUAUUUGAA